AUGUGCUACGUGGUUCGCCUGCACAUCCCGGCGUCCAACAACAUGACGGAGUAUGAGGCCCUCGACGUGCGGGGCGACUCUCAACUCGUCAUCUAUCAGGAAGCAGAUGAACUGGCCAAGACCGUGUCUGGGCGGACCACCGUCCCCCCGAACGUCUUCACCCUCGACUUCGUCAAACCAUCCGUCAAUUUCAAGGACCCAGCAGGAGCUAGCGCCAUGACCGCCGAACCUUCGGGGGCUAUGGCCACCGAGCCCUCGGCCGAGGGCCCCACGGCGGAGGGGUCCGAGGCCAUGGAGACGAACACCGAGAUCUCCUCGGCGGACGAGGCUGAAGCGAUGCAGAUUGACGAGGCUUCGCCUUCGCGGGACUGGCGCAACCAGUACCUUGAAUGGAUGAACCGAGGGUUCCAACCCUCGUAUCGCGCUCAGGCACGGCACAUCGCCAGGCAGGCCAAGUCUUUUAUCUUAAUCGACCAAGAACUGUACAAGCGCAGCCCCUUGGGUGUCCUGCAACGCUGCAUCCCCAUUCCCGAGGGUAGGGAGCUGAUCCGAGACAUCCACGCCGAGAUCUGUGGCCACCACGCGGCGCGACGUACCCUCGUGGGCAAUACGUUUAGGCAGGGUUUUUACUGGCCCACAGUAGUCGCCGACACCACCGAGGUCGUGCGGACAUGCGAGGGGUGCCAGUUCUACGCCCGUAAGACACAUGUAACACCCUGA